AUGGUGGAGCUGCCUCGGAAGCUCAACCCAUUCUACGAAGAUGGCGUCAGGAUUUACGCAAAGAUGAUGGGCACUUUGCCAGCCAAUAAUGUCAAAUCCCUUCCAGCCUUGAACAUGCUACAGUCCUCGGUGAAGCCCGACACCACCAAGACCAUCGUAGAGUACAGUUCGGGCUCUACUGUCAUCUCGAUGUCGCUCAUCGCUCGGGCGCUGUACGGGAUCACCGACACCCGGGCGUUCCUAAGUAACAAGACCUCAUGGACAAAACUGCAGCUGAUGAGAUUCUUUGGUCUGAAUAUCACCUUGUUUGGUGGACCGUCUCAGCCAGAACCUUUGGACCCGCGUGGUGGCAUAUUCAGAGCAGAGAAAAUGAGCACUGAAAGUGGCGAGGAGGUGGUGAAUCCCAACCAGUACGCAAACGACGCGAACUGGAAGGCACACGUUCGUUGGACUGGCCCACAGAUUCUCACCCAGCUGCCAGAGAUCAAUGUCUUCUGCUGUGGUAUGGGUACCUCCGGGACAAUGACUGGGAUCGGGACCUAUCUCAAGGAGGCAAAGCCUUCGGUAACGCGGGUCGGAGUCUGCACCAAAGCCGGGGAUCGAGUUCCCGGUCCUCGCUCCUACGCCCUCAUGUCACCCGUUGAGUUCCCCUGGCGUGCCGCUGUGGACACCAUCGAGGAAGUCGGCUCGCCGGAAUCAUAUAAACUGUCUCUUGAACUGUCGCGCGAGGGUCUUAUUUGCGGGCCUUCGUCUGGGUUUAACCUACAAGGCUUGUACAACUAUAUCCAAAAGCAAAAGUCCAACGGCACACUGGAGACUCUCCGAGGAGACGAUGGGAAUGUCCAUUGCGUCUUCAUGGCUUGUGACCUGCCAUACCAGUAUCUGGGCGAGUAUUUCGACAAGCUGGGCGAGGAGGUCUUCCACCCUCUGGUCAACCAAAACUUACUCGGCGUAGACACCUACAGAUACGAUGAGGCUUGGGAAGUGGAUCAAAAGAGUUUCUCCGACAUUUUGUACUCGUCCGCUGCCUGCGAGGUGUUCACAGCAAGUCCUAGUCUUGCAUCCGAGAACGUCAUCUUGGACCUCCGAACAGCGGAAGCCUUUGCCGAUCACCACCUCCCGGGCGCAAUAUCCCGGCCCUUGAGCUCAUACGACUCCUCUACACCCUCACCCUUCUCUGACCCUAAGGUCCUGGAAAUGCAAUGGAAAGAGGUCGAGUCUGUUUUCGACCUCACAACGAUUGGGCUUCUGAAGCGAGCGGGAUGUGUGUGGUUGGUAUGCUACGGGGGAGAUACAUCUCGAGUGGCCACUAGUGUUCUGAGAGCUAAAGGGGUCUCAGCGAACAGCCUCAAAGGCGGCAUGUUGGCUUUGAUGUCUGCCGCAAGGAGUGGCAAAGGAGGCCGAACUGACAGCGUUGACUCUGGUGUUGGACUGCACAACGCUUCUUCUGACGAGGAAAGAUGCCCAGCCGGAGACUCGCUGACGGAAAAGAGUCAUGUGCCGGAGCUGGCGAGAGUUCAAAUUCCACAGGCUUGA